AUGCUCCUCUUGCACAUCCUGGGCUCGUUACGCCGGUUGUCGAGCCACGAUCUCCUCCACUCCAUCGUGUCGGGAAUCUACACGCACUCCUACCCGCUGGUGAGCUACAUCAUUGGGCUCAUGAAAGCUUCCGACUGGUACCAUGUCCACUUUGCCAUCUGGGCCGUGUUCCUGCUGCUGCUCCUCGGCAACACAGACAGCCUCACAGCCCGCCGCCUCAGUGACAUCGACAAUUGGAAGAGCAUCUACGUGAAGCACCUCUUCAAGGUGUUCUUGAUGGUGUACGUCAUGCUGAAGAUAUACGGGUCCCCCAGUGAGGAUGGUAAGCACGUCCCACCUGUGCCCCACCUGCCCGCACUCACGGCCAUCCUAGUUGUUGUCGUCCUCAAGUGGUAUGUCAUGAUCGCCUCCAUGAGGAUGGUGAGCAAGUCCUACCUCUGCAAGAACACCAAGGUGGUCGCCGAGUACAUGAAGCAUAAGGACAACAACCUAGGGGAGCCCUUCGAUCCGGUGACCAUGGAAGGCUACCGGUACAUGGUCGCGGGCGAGAAAUAUUGCCGCGUCAAGCGCCCUGCUGCUGGGGGCAAACCAUGGUACGAGCAGGACGGCCCCAGCUGCUUGAAGAAGGUCACCACCGUGGAGCAGAUCUGGCAGUGCAAGGGGAGGCUGCUUCUCCAUGGUCAGCGAGGCAAGUUGCUCAAGGACCUGUGCCUCUCCAUGGCACUCUCCAAGAUGCUCAACCGGAGAUUUGCUGGCUUUGAGCUCUCAGAGGCAGAGCUGGAGAAAACCCAUGACUUUGUGUUCAAAGGCCUGCUCUCUGGGGACAAGCCGCACCAGCGGGCCUUCAGGGUCGUCGAGGAAGAGCUUGUUUUCGUCCAUGACCUAUAUUACACAAGGUAUUCUUACCUCGACCGAAAGGGUCGGUUCUUUGCUCUCUGCCUGCCCGUCAUCAUGUUUGCCCUAUGCUCCUGGCUCACCUGCCUGCUUGCCAUGGAUCGCCGUAGGGUUGCCCUCACCAUUUUCAUAACCCUUGUUGUCGCAUUCCUGGAGGCAUACCAGCUGUACCUGUAUAUAGCCUCAGGUUGGUUCAAGGUGGCGCUGGUACGGAGCUACGUCACCACGCCUUUUCUGCAAAGAAACAGGUGCUUCCUUGAGAUGAUGAUAGGCCUUCUCUUGAGGUUUAAGGGGUAUCGCCCAUGGAAGGGUAGACUUGGGCAAUACUGUAUCCUCCGGGACCUUGGCCGCAAAAGCCGAGUCAGCAGUUGUCUCCACUAUGCUACACUGUUCCUGGUGGACAAGACCAAGAAGGGGCGCAAGAAUUCAGUCAGGCUGUCCGAGAAUGUGAAGAAAGCCGUCGUAGAUUCCCUACUGAGAAGCGAGGGCCAGCUGACCAAUGGGGUAGCAUCGCUACAAAACAAUCGCGUCCAUGAUAAACUCUCAAGGGCAUGUGAUGCUACUGCUACCGAUGGGACGGUGACUCGCACCAUACUGGUCUGGCACAUUGCCACAACCCUGUGCGAGCACCAUCCGGUGGAUGCACACGAUAGAGAAGACGACGCAGUCAGAACGGCCUCCACUCUGUCUCGGUACUGCUUGCAUCUCCUGGCUUUUUCACCUGAACUGUUGCCCGACCACAUCUCUGAAUCGGAAUCCAUGCUUGAUCGGGCACUCGACGAAGCAAGCCAGUUACUCAAAAAGGCCAAGACGUUGGAGAGCAGGUGUGAGGAGCUAAUGGGAAGCAUCACCCAUGAUGGCGAUGCCGAUGGCGAUCAUGAAGCAUCAUCGAUCGUUAAGCAGGGCGCUCGGCUUGCGAGCCUUCUAAUUGACAAUAUACCAAACACCAAAUUCCGGUGGAAGGUCCUCUCUGAAUUCUGGGCGGAGAUGAUGCUGUACGUCUCGCCGUGCGACGAUGCCCGGGCGCACCUGGAAGCUCUUGCCAGAGGAGGGGAGUUCAUCACGCACAUCUGGGUGCUCCUCACGCAUGCCGGUGUGCUCAAGCGAGGCUAG